ACUCGCAGGCGACCGACCACUGAAGGACCUCUGAAAAAAAAACGAGGGAGCGUUUUCUUCCAAUUUCGAUCUGAGAUAUCUCGACGAACUCCGGCCAAUAUAUGGUUAUGAAUUUUUCUUACCGAGGUAUAUCAGUAUCCGUAUCCGUAUCUGUAUCCGAGAUGAGUAAGCGGAUACGAAUAUGGUAAGCAUCAUAUCCGAGCCGUAUCCGGACCGAGUGCACCCCUACUUCGGACCGAUGCCUGCUCAGAAGAUAGAAACAGGCCCCCAAGAUGCGGUUCAUGAUGUAUCAAUGGACUACUACGGCAAGCGUCUAGCAACCGCUUCUUCCGACACCACUAUCAAAAUCAUCGGCAUGAGUGCCUCCUCACCACCCCCUCGCUAUGCUACCCUGACUGGCCACCAGGGCCCAGUCUGGCAGGCUGCAUGGGCCCACCCCAAGUUUGGUUUCGUUCUUGCCUCUUGCAGCUCUGACGUUGUUGUGAUCAUAUGGAAAGAAGGAAACAAGCCUGAAGAAUGGAUUCAAGCCCACAUUGUCACCGAGCACAAGUCUGUCAAUUCCAUAGCUUGGGCUCCUCAUGAGCUCGGCCUCUGCUUGGCUUGUGGAUCAUCAGAUGGUAACAUUUCAGUCCUCACUUCAAGAUCAGACGGAGGGUGGGACACCACUAAGAUCGGUCGCACAGUUGAUGGUGCGCUUGUGAGUUCAGGCCAGUUCAAUACUGUGCAAAAGAUCGUUUAUGGUGGGUGUGAUAACACUGUUAAGGUGUGGAAGUUAGAUAACGGUGGUUGGAGGUUGGAGUGGUUUCCCGCACUCCACAUGCAUUCAGACUGGGUGAGAGAUGUGGCGUGGGCGCGAAACUUAGGCCUUCCGAAGUCUACUAUAGCCAGCGCGUCUCAAGAUGGGACGGUGGUUAUAUGGACGGUGGCGAAAGAAGGCGAUCAGUGGGAGGGUAAGGUUUUAUGUGAUUUCAAAACUCCGGUGUGGAGGGUUUCGUGGUCGUUGACAGGGAAUAUUAUGGCUGUGGCCGAUGGAAACAAUAAUGCGACUUUGUGGAAGGAGGCAGGUGACAGACGGUUGAGCCAUAACGGGUUCAGAGUCGUCAUCGAUGUAUUUUUUCCUUUUCCUUUUCCUUUGAUCUUUUGGACAUAUAAUCGGUGAUUUCAGUUUCAAUCCUUUGAUCUUUUGGACAUAUAAUCGGUGAUUUCAGUUUCAAGUAAUCGUAUUAUCUUUGCUUU